GCGAUGAGCACCUGGGCUGGCCUGCGGCGCGCAGGCAGUGCCUGCCCCUUGUCUCGCCUUGUCUCCUUGGCCAACCCCGCAGGAGGAUACCACCACCUCUGUUGCCUAAAGUCCCUGGAUGUGAGCCGCCCUGCGGCGGGAAGCGUCCAUGUCUCUAGGAACGGACCGGAGAAAAGCCAGGGAAGGUUGUGGCAGGUAGAAGCGGGUGAGAAGGCGCCCGAUAGCGGUAGAGGACCUCGAGUCCUGCCCCCUCCACGCUGCCUCAGUGAGGGUGUGCUGCGUGCAGUCGUUCCUCCAGGCCCUCGCACCAGUCGCCUGGGUGCCGGGGAUGUUUGGACUGCCCGUUUCGUCCACACGUCUUCGUCCUUGCGAGCCGCUCCGGUUCCUGCCUUGUGGAUCCUCCUCAAACCAGCUCAGAAACUAUUUGCUAUCAUUCUGGGCAGGAGCAUAAGAAAAUGGUGGAAGGCCCUUCCCCCCAACAAAAAAGAACUCUUUAAAGAAAGUGUAAGAAAAAAUAAAUGGAGACUUCUUCUAGGUGCCUGUAGUUUAGGAACUUUAUACAUCAUAUUUUAUUUUACUCACCUGGAAGAGACUCCAAUCACUGGUCGUACUAGACUACUGGUGUUUGGAAAAGAACAGUUUCAGCAGUUGUCACAGCUGGAAUAUAAUAUGUGGAUGGACAAGUUUGAAAAUGAAAUGUUACCUGAGGAAGACCCUCGCUAUCAACUUGUGAAAAAAGUAGUUCAUCAUCUCUCUGAAAGCAACCAAGACAUCCCACAGUUCUCAGAGUUUAAGUGGGUUAUUCAUGUAGUGGAGGAACCAGGCAUAAAUGCUUUUGUGCUUCCAAAUGGACAAGUGUUUGUUUUCACUGGGUUACUAAAUGCAGUGUCAGAUGUUCAUCAGCUGUCUUUCAUUUUGGGACAUGAGAUAGCUCACGCUGUGUUGGGACAUGCGCUUACAUCUUUCUGCCAAAAAAGCUGCUGCUGGAAGUUGCAGUGUGCAUUAUGUACAAGAAAUAUGGCAGAAAAGGCCAGUCUGGUACAUUUCUUGGAUUUCCUGUCACUCAUCUUUCUCACUAUGAUUUGGGCCAUUUGUCCCAGAGAUAGCUUGGCAAUCAUUGGCCAGUGGAUCCAGAGCAAGAUGCAGGAGUUUAUGUUUGAUAGACCCUACAGCAGAACAUUGGAAGCUGAAGCUGACAAAGUGGGACUUCAGCUGGCUGCAAAGGCUUGUGUGGACGUAAGAGCAAGCAGUGUAUUUUGGCAGCAGAUGGAAUUAGCAGAAACCAUUCAAGGGCAGCCUAAAUUACCAGAAUGGCUCUCCACACACCCUUCUCAUGAAAACAGAGCUGAACACUUAGACCGGCUUAUUCCAGAGGCUCUUAAAUUGAGAGAGAGCUGCAAAUGCCCCAUGCUUUCUGGACCAGAUCCUCGCCUCAUUUUUAGACUUAACGUGCAGCAUCUUUUGGAAGCAUCUAAAGAGCAAAAAAGCCAAAAUGCUACCGAGCAAGAUCUAACAAAGGUGAAAGUGGAGUUUCCUCCCACUCAAAAGCUGGAAAAUAUUCCAGUAUCUUUUGCAGUUAAACCCACAGAUUGAAAGGAAAACUAUUCAUCUGAGAAACUUGUAAAAUUUGCCAUCCCACCUUUUCCUGCAAGACUUUGGGAUAAUAAAAUAGUCAGGACAGCUACAAAUCAAAUUUGUGCCUAUGUGGUGUCAAAACUCCUAUGAGGCAAAUUGUCUCUGAGUCGCAAAGAAGACCUGCUGGCCAGUAUUCUUGGUCUCCAACCUUCGAGGGAUCUCCUGCUAUGUGCAGUGAGAAACUUUGGCUACACAGGGAGAGCCGUGUAUUGGAGUAGAGAGACGUCUAUUCAUCAUGGGAUGCUAAAAAUAAAUAAUUUCACUGGGGAAAAACAAUCUCCAUACAAUCGAGUCGCACAGUAUAAUUUUCAGCUUUGUCAGGCUCACCUUGAUCAGAGGACAGAUAAACCAGAAGGCUCUCUAAAGGAGAGUAAGUAAUACAGUCUUCAUCACUUAAGUUGCCUGUUUUAGCUUGCUGUAAUUUGGGUUAGAUCCUCCUGGCUUCAUUUAAAAAAUAAUGAGAACUCACUGCCUGUUCCAUAUAUAAAAUGUUUUUUAAAAUACUAAGCUGAGAAGCAAUAAAAUGGCCAGUGGGCUGGACACAGCCACCUAAUUGGAUGGUUUUCUGCAGGAUGUCUCCUUUUUCAGUGCAUUUUAGAAUAUGAGUUGAUUCAGCAUUUCUUGUCAAAGCAAACUUGUGCAGGCUUGUCUUUAAAAGUGAAAUCAGGAAGUAUACGAAGGAGUCUUAAAAAAUCUGUGGUUAAAAACUGGGACUUGUGGGACUGGGAUAAUUUUUGCAACCACAGUGCCUUUUUAAAACAUCAAGAUGCCUCUCCAGAAGUCAGAUUUGCUUCUGUGUCUGCUGGUUUAGACAUACCAGCACCUGGCUAUUCUACAAUGCAUUACCACUUCAUAAUGCAUUAGGUAGUCAAUGGAUA